AUGAUCACCAUUGCAAUUUUAACAGCUCUGAUUGUGAACGUACUCAAGGAAACGACCAGCAACAAUGAGGCUUGGUACAUACGCGUCUUACUGGGACUCUUGAUUGCCGAGUUUUGUUUGACUUUUAUGUUUGCUAUCGCGGGGCAUAAGAAAAAUGUGAGACUCAUGCGUAUUUACUAUUGCUAUUGUAUUGUUAUGCUGGUCAUUAAUGGCGUACUGAUGAUGGUCGUCUUGACCUUGAUAACUCCUCCGUUCUACUCGCAGACAGCCCUGUUAUCUGUAUCCAAGUUCUUUUGUAAUGUUACAAUACAAUGCUACUUCAUACUUCUACUGAGAAGUGAAAUCUUUAAACUUGAAAACUUGAGUCACACGAUGGCAAACGAGCCAACGGAUUACCUGAUGGUUAUGCAAGUCAUUCUGUCACUCUUUCUUUCGAUCUGCCUGUACCAUGAAAUUGAUUUCUAUAUUAAGUACUCGUUACGACUAGAUCUGUACAGCAUUGUCAUCUGUUGCUUGCUGUUGGGGGCCUUAGUCAUUGAAUUCUGUUUCACGCUAGCGUUCAUCGUUGGAGGGCACAUGAAAAAUAAAAAAAUCGUUCGUGUAUUUUACAUCUAUAAUAUUGUGAUAUGGAUAAUCAGCUUCAUUCUGAUGGUGAUCCUGACGAUCUUAAUGCUAAAGGAUCUGGAUCCAUCCCGCAUCCUCGUUGCCUAUAGCUUCAGAGCAUUCGUCUAUACUACUGCUACCUUCUUUUUCAUCUUGAUGACACAAAUAUACUUCAUACUUCUAAUAAGGAGUGAGAUUUCGAAACUCGAAGGUGAUUACGGGUUCAGCUUCGUGAACAAUGCAGUUGAGGCGGAGUGCAAUAUGAGAGGAGAAACGCAAAUAGAGGGAGACUGGAAAACCAGAGAAGAAGAAGAGUUAAAUGAGACUACAGGAUCCGUGACGAUUGCUAGAACAUAG